UCCGCCCCAGCCCUCCGAGGCGUGCGUGGGUCAAGCUGCCCUACUCGACGCCCCCGUCGAGGCGUGCGGGAGAAGCGGAAGGCCGGAGGGCGUCGGCGCUGCUGCGAAGGGGGCCUCCUCCUGUCUGGGGCCCGAGCCAGGCGGCGAGAAGGAGGCGGGACCGGCUUCCGGAGAGGGGAAGCCCGCACUAUUUGUACUUGGCCAGCCGCUCCGGCUCAGUCACUCGCUCGCUCGCUCGCCUCCUCCUGCUGGGGAAGAAGAUGCUGCGCUCGGAAACGACCUUCGUCUUGGCCGCGGCGGCGCUGCUCGCGCUGUUCUGUCCCGCUGGAGGCGACACGGUCCCGCCGAAGGCAAUCUGGCAGCAGCAGCAGCAGCAGCAGCAGAUGCACCCGUUCCGGGGGUCGCUGCACCCAUACACCGCGCUGGUUCGGCGGACCGCGCAGACGGCCCUCGACUUCUUCAACUACCUGCAGAGCUCGCCCAGCUCUAUGCGGAGUCUGGCGCACGUCAAGAAGGCGUCCGUCAAGUUUAUCCCAGGCGUUGAGCGCAAGUACUCCCUGCAGUUUGCUACAAAAGAUGCUAAGUCUGGGCAAUAUCUAGGCUCAUGCCUUGCAACUGUUCGGUACCAGAGAGAAAAGCCUAAACCGAAGGUUGAUAUUAACUGCCCACACAGCAAAGACCCAGAGGGCCUAGGCCAUCUUUCGCAGAAUAUGCUAGAGGACUUCGCCUUGUUCCGCAGCAUCAGAGAUGGCAACAAGCCCUCUCAGGAUCUUCUGCAGAAUUUGGCCACCAUUGGAAACAGCUACAUCGCAUGGGAGAAAUCAUCUGAACACAGAAGUUACACCGUGACACAAGUGAAGAAUUUGAAGCCGUGGGUAAGGAAAUACAUCAUUUUCUUUGAAGUUGACUACACUGCUCAGCUGACAAGUAAUUUCUCAGAGAACCUUUCCUGCCACGUGCGUGUUGCCUGGAGACCUGGCUUGCUGGCACAAGUGAAAUAUGACUGCUCUUCAGAGGACGACUCUUCAGAAUCUGCAGAUGGUUCUGGGGUGGAAGAGGGAUCCGCUAAUGGGCUCAUACUUCAAUAUGAUGAAAGUAAUUUUUAAGUAGGAAGAACGCCUGCAUUAUAAAGCUGUAAACAAUUUUUUUUGCAAAGAUGUAGAAGUCGUUGCCGCAUAUUUCAAAGCUUUGCACUAGUCACUUCUGAUCUACCAUAAAUAUCCUCUUUUCUUUGUAAUUUCUGAAAAGAAAAAAAUAUUUUUGCUAAAACUUUUUUUUAAAGAAAAGAAUAUAUGUAAAAACUACUGAUUUGUCACCAAGUUUCUGGUAGGAGGUAACUUUGUAUGAGACAAAUUUAAUAUAUAAACAAAUGUCUUAAGUUUCUUAAAACUGCCAUUUUAAAUAAAUAUUUGAUAAAAUAUUUUAAGUUUUGAAAAUAAAACCGUUGAUGCUAACUUUUAACAUCUCCAAUAAAAUGAAUACUGGUA